UCUUGCUCUGCCUUCCAUUGUAUCCCAAACGACAAAGUUUGGCCGCCGUCUGCCCUACGACAGCGGCAACGGCAUGCGCAACCCAUUCCAACAACGCUAACACAUACUUCUUUUCUUUUCCUCUUCCUCGGUCUGAUAUCCGCAAUCUUCAAACGAAACGGCCCUCGAUGCCUCGAUACUGACACACCUCGCGCCGUACUGUGCAGCAACCUGAGUUUGUCUCGCUUCACCUAGCGUUCCAUUCCCAUUUCUCGACGAGUCGACGCUCACCAAAGGCACCCACUUGCCAUUGCAUCCACGGCCUGGCCCGUCUGCCUUUCUCGCCUCGCCUCGACGUGUCCUGCGCCUCUUAUUCAUUUCCUGGCCAGACAGGAGAACACCCAAAAGAGACACAACCACAACCACUUGGACCCAGAACACGGACACCAGGACCCCGCCCAUCCCCGGCCCCUCGACCCUGGAUUGUCCAUCUCCACAGCGAACCUACAAACUUGCCGUCGUCCCCGAUACUUCGACCUUCAUCACGCACUCUCCGCUUCGUCUCCCUCCACUCCACACACUCUUCCACUUGCCUCGCGCCACUGUUCUCUUGUUGUCUCCCAACCCUCCAAAGACCCUCUGGCUCGCCCUUCCCUGAAUUUCGCCUCUCCGCUUUCGAUAUCCUAAAGGCUGCCCUGCCUGGCUGUCAUGCGCUUCAGCCAGCCACCUUUGAGGACCCCCCAGAGGAAGACGUCGACGUCAACUGUAUUGUUCCGUUGACGGCACGUGAAGACGAACUAGGCCGCCGACAUUUUACCUUAUAGAGUGGGAACCCCGCGGAUUGCAAGUCCGGCCCUGUUUCCUUCAGUCUCUGAUCACCAUUCUUCUUCCCCCAAACCCCCUCCACCAUUACUCUUCUGGUGGCACAACAUGCCUCCCAGGAGAUCGCACAAGAAGUCGAGAGCUGGUUGCAAGCGGUGCAAGUCGCGCAAGAUCAAGUGCGAUGAAGUUCAUCCGAGAUGCGGCAAUUGCGUCAAGCACGGCGUGCCUUGUGACUUUGAGAACCCGGACAUCCUCGACGACCUUCUCACCGCCUUAACACCAUCGAACACCCAAUCAUCACACUCUCCCAUCGACAGAGCUUCGUCCGCCGCACCUUCACCUUCCGCCCUUGGUUCGAAUCGAGGCAAAACGCCGUCCUUCGCCGGCUCGCCUCCUACCAUGAACUACACGCCGCUCUACACCAUGCCCACUACCACCGCCAUUUCUGCUACCACGACGACUAGCAAUCGGCUUCUGGAGCUGCGCCUGAUGCACCAGUUCACGUCAAUGACAUCCCAUACCCUGGUGGUCAACACGCCCGCCACUCACGAUAUCUGGAUGAACACGGUCCCGAAGCUGGCCUUCGGUGGUGCCAAUUAUCUGGCGGAUGCCAUGCUCGCUGUGUCAGCAUUGCACUUGCGCUCCCUGAAUCCCGACGACAAGACUCUCAUCCGAGCCUCGCACUCUUACAUGGCCUCUUCACUGGCCGCGUACUGCGCUUGCCUCCAAAACGGCAUCACGGAGGCCAACGCCGAGGCUCUCUUCCUCACAGCCGCCCUCAUCGCCUUCCAGUCGACCGCUUCCCGUAUUUUUAUCCGCGACGAGGCCGACCCCAACGAUCCCGCCAGCGCCUACUCGCUGCCGCUUUCGUGGUUCCACGCAUUUCAAGGGGUCAAGACGGUCGUGGCGACAUCCUGGCCCUGGAUCCGCAACAGCGGUGUUGUCAUUCCCAUCAUUGACUCUCAGCCUGUCCUCCAGCUGGACCUAGACGCAACGUCACCCAACUCCUUCUUCGGAAAGUUGCUUGACAACCUGGAGGAAGAGCUCCAGGGCGAAGACGUCAUCAUGGCCAUGUCAACGAGACAGUCGUACCAACACGCUGUUGCUGUACUGAAUUGGGCGCAUAAACUGCCUCAUCGUGGUGCUGCCCUUGCUUUCCCUGCUACGGUCUCGAAGCGGUUCAUCGACUUGUUAGAAGAACGCCGCCCUCGCGCCUUGACCAUUCUCGCCAGCUUCUUUGCGCUGCUUAAGGGUUAUGAGUCGGCCGUGUGGUGGUUGGACGGCGUCGCGCGCAGAGAGGUUAUGGGCAUUGUUUCGCAAUUCGAAGCCACCAGCUCCUGGUGGCAGCACCUCGAGUGGCCUGUUCGGAUCGCCCUGUACAAGAACUCGAUCAUUCCUCCAGAGGUUUGGGGAUCUGACUGGGUCACUGAGGAAAGCAAAGCGGACAAGGGCCAUAACAUGACUGCCGAGUCGUUCGUGAACCACAUUGAAAUCCUGACGGGUGCGUUUGCCAGGGCGCAACACCUUCACGUACCGGGCAUCGCCGUCCCGACACAUGCGAUGUAGGCGGAUUUAUCCUGGCUACCUAACGCAAGCAAGAUGCACGGUACCACUUUUUAUUUCAUUUUGCAGAUUGUUUGGGCUUUCGUUGCAUCGGUUAGUCUAUACGGCACACAUUCAAAAUGCACAUACAGACGGAGGGGAGUUUCGGAACCACGGAGUUUCAGAGUCGGAAGGAAACGGUCCGUCUCCGGACCAAGACAUGCAGCGUUUGGCGGAGGCUUGGCUUUUUGGGCUUCGUUUGUCCUCUCGCAGGAAGACUAACGAUGUAGGCAUACUACCACGGUAGUACAAGGUAAGGAUGGUAUUUGGGAUUAGGGCUGACAUACUACGGAAACGGGUUCACGGUGUUUAACGCGAUUAACACAUAACGGCUGAUAGCGGGGUUCUACAGCCAGGACAGCUCAGGCAGAGCAUAUUCGAAUUUUAGCACAUUUCGAGUUUUCAAGCGCAUGAAUUUGAUGACAACACAAGCUGGUGGUCAAACAGACCGAACUCCCACUUCCUCCAACGAGGGGUUCCCUUGGUGCAAACGAACAGGAUGUGUUUGUAGCUUCGUGCUACCUACCUAGGCAUAACAUCGGCACGAUUACAAGUCUUGACAGCUGCCUGUACGACAAACAAAGCCCAGUUCGGACGACCUUCCCGCGUACUCGUUGUGGUGGUCGAGGCGAAGGUGCCGAGGAUUGGGUAAGUGCGGUUGCGCACCAUGUGAUUGACGUGUGGCAGCCAGCCUGGCUGGCCGACCACCAACGCCCAGGGUUUUCUGUUUCUCUGCUAGCUCAUCCGCCAGCAGGGAGACCUACCUGGAUACGUCUUGCCCGCCGCGCGAGGAGCCCUGGCCGGUACGCGUGUAUUUCUUCUGAAUCGACGCGAGGGUUGUUCUGCUGCCAUGCAUUCGCCGUUCUGUCUGAAGUAUGAGGGAAACGCUCUUGACCGGUCUUGCUGAUGCUCGUUUCCCAUCACCAGUG